CUAAAACCCUUUUCGUUGUUGGCCGUCGUUAGAAGCAAAAAAGAAACUAAAGCAACCAUCACUUGACGGCGGAGGAGCAACAGCCGCCAUGGCAGCUCCAGAAGCCCCUUUAUGCUACGUUGGUGUCGCCAAGAAAUCCGCCGCCUUUCGUCUCAUGAAACAAAUGGGAUGGGAAGAAGGCGAAGGACUUGGAAAGGAGAAACAAGGGAUCAAAGGUCAUGUUAGGGUUAAGAACAAACAAGAUACUGUCGGUAUUGGUUUGGAUAAGCCGAAUGCAUGGGCAUUUGACACGACACAGUUUGAUAGCAUUCUUAAAAAACUGAAAGUGCAAUCUGCAGUUGUUGAAAAGGAUGAUGACCUAGAGAUAGAUUCACCAAAAAAAGAAGAUAGUAAAACAACUGUCAAGUCUACCCGGCCCCAAGGAAGAUACAAGAGAAGAGAGAAAGGGAAGCAUGUCCGUGCUUACUCUGCUCAAGAUCUUGAAGGAAUCCUGGUCAAGAAGACCGAGGAUACCCCAGAACCUGAGCCUGAACCUUUUUGUUAUCAGAAUGGAGAUUUGGAGUUGGUAGAAGCUUCUGAAAACACUGUUAAUGAGACGGCUAAAGAUGCAGAAGGUAUCUCCCCAGAUUGGUGGGGUAACAAAUACGGAUUUAUUUCCGGGGGUUUUCUAGGUGCUCAAUCCAGAAGAAGGAAGUCUAGUGUGACAAGAGAUACUCAAGAUCCUCAUAAGAGGACUGCAUUUCACGAGGAUGAUCAAGAGAACCUUUAUAAUCUCGUGCAAGACAAGGCAACUUCUGGGAAACAAGGACUCGGGAUCAAGGGGCAACCAAGGAAAGUAGCGGGUGUCCGUUUUCAAGGGAAAAGAACGUCUUUUAGCGAUGACGAGGAAGGAUCCGAGGAUGAAGAUUGUCAUCUUUCAGCAAAAAGGAAAUUUGAUGACAUAUCUGAAACACAAAAGGAAGUUGAAUCAAAACCGAAACUAAAGAAGUUGUGCAAAAAGCUUCUUUCUCAGGUACCUGAUAAAUCAUUGAAACUUAAACAACUAAAAGGUCUUGUUGAUGAACAUUGCUCCAUUCUAUCCGACUUCUCUUCAAAAAAGGAUGCUCUUGCAUUCUUGCGAAAGAAGCUUGAAGGCAGCGAAACAUUUACUGUAGAAGGAAAGAAAGUCUGUCUCUCAAAUAAAUGAUGGACCAAAAUUUUGCUCCAAAUCAAUUUGUAGAGUCUGCUUGUAUGAACAUGCAUUGUUUCUAAUUAUGUAGUCGAAUUUAUUAUAAAGGUGCAACUUUUUGUAGCUAUGGUUGUCAAUUACUUUUAAAAAUUUCAUUUAUAUUCCAUGUUGUAGCUGUCACAUAUGGUUCAAAAACACUGUCGAUUGAUCUGAUACACAAUACUUGUCAAAA